AUGACGUCGCAUUCGCAGCCCGUCGCACGGGGUCGCACGGCGUCGCCAGCCGUCGCAGGGCCGCGCGCGGCAGAUGUGUACGACGUGGUGGUGGUGGGCGCGGGCCUGGCGGGGCUGCAGGCGGCGCAGCAGCUGAUCGCGCGGGACAGGCAGUGGGCGGAGUGGACGCGCGGAGGCGCAGCGGGCGCAGGAGGUGCGGAGGGCGCGGGGAAUGGGCGCAGCGGGGCGCGGCGGAGGGAGCUGCGCGUGAUGGUGGUGGAGGCGCAUGGCGUGGUCGGGGGGAGAGUGCGCGGACUGGAGGGACUCGUGCCGUGGACUGUGGAGAUGGGUCCGGAGUUCAUUCACGGGGAUCGCAACUGCUCUAUCAAGGCAGCAGUGGACCAGCUCGGCUGUCAGCAGACCACCCUCGCCUUCCAUAUCCGUCCUCUCCUCUUAUUGCCCUUAAUGCCCUCUCAAUGCCCUCUUUCUUAG